AUGCAGCCAAAUGGAGCAGCACCUCUGAACUGUUUGUGGCGAUGGGUUUUACCAGAGUGCUGGGGUCCUCUCGGAAUCCUCUUUGAGCAGAUAUCGCCGUACUGGUUUGCGUACGUUGGUGUGGCCCUCGCGAUAGGACUCUCUGUGCUUGGGGCCGCGUGGGGUAUAUUCAUCACGGGGUCUUCGCUCGUGGGGGCCUCGAUUCAAGCUCCGCGCAUCACUUCGAAGAACCUCGUUUCGGUCAUUUUUUGCGAAGCGGUCGCCAUAUAUGGAAUAAUUGCCGCUAUAGUCAUGGCGACUCGAAUCGGCUACGCGUCUGUGGCUGAAAGCGACCCUGUCACCAAGUUCGGUGGAUAUGCGCUUUUCGCGGCGGGCCUGGUCGUCGGGCUGAGCAACCUGUUCUGUGGGUUAAGCGUUGGCGUCACGGGCAGUAGCUGUGCGCUGGCCGACGCCCAAGAUGCAACAAUCUUCGUGAAACUGCUUAUCGUUGAGAUAUUUGCGUCAGCACUGGGUUUAUUUGGGGUCAUCGUCGGCAUUAUCAUCAGUUCUAAAGCCACGCUCGGUGGCGAUGCAAGCGCUGGUCGCUGA